AUGAAGAUUCGUGAAGGAAUCCAAAUUGUUCAAGAUUUAGCACCUUUUACACCACAAACAAUUCUCAUCAUUCAUCCAUACAUGAAAUGCUGUUGUGCACUAAAAGGAUAUGGAAUUGAUAAGAUUGAUAAUGAUAUCAUUUCAUUUGAUGAACCAGAAUACAAAGCAUACCAUGUCAAUGAAAACACACUCAGAUAUAUGCACUCGAAAAUAUCUGAACUUAGUAAACAGUCUAGUACAUGUUCAAUUGCUAUCACAGGUGAAGAUAUGUCAUUUUCAUUUGAUCAAACCGUUAAAUUUGAAGGAAACAAGAAAUUUGUUUCAUUCCCACAUACAAAUCAAAAAUGCAACUCUGUUUUUAGUAUUCAAAAAGACUUUUCACAUCUUGUCAUCAUAUCUAAAGAAGAAAUUUGUUUGGAACAAAGUCUUACUUGGCAAAAUGUUCAGAACUAUCAACAAGCCACAAUUGGUGACAUAUCUGCAUCAAAUUAUGAAAAUAUCUUUCCAAAUGGAGUUAAAAUCUUCUACAAUCCAUGGAUCAACUUCUAUCCAGAUAUAUAUUUAAUUAAAUAUAUCCAAAAGAAAAAAGUUGAAGAAGAAUAUGAUGACUUAGAUGAAGACUCGAAUGAUAUCCUUACAAUGGUGGAAAAUAUAUUGAGGAGAUAUAGAAUGGAACAAGAGAAUGUAAGAUCGAAAUCAUCCUUUAAAAUUAUCAAUAUUAUUGACUUUUAUGCAAAUCAAUGUGUGCACGGUGAAAAAUUGAUCAAAGAUGUUGAAUUUGAGCUACAAGAUGUAUUAGGAAAAUGUAAUUUUGGAAAAGCAAUUGGAUUAAGAUCACAUUUAAUGAAAACUAAACAGUUGCCAUCUCUUGAAAAGCUCAAAUCAAUUAAAAAUGUAAUUGAAGAUGCACUUAUGGCUCCAUUUUCAUUAAUACCAGAUCUCAGAUCAUUAAAUAUUGAUAAAAGACUCCACAACCUUUCGAUUGUUUAUCAACAAAUUGCAUUAGCAAAAUUAUUUAAUCUCAAAUUUGCACAUAGCGUGAAAUUCCUCAAAAACUGCAUCACAAUUAAAAUCAAGAAUACAGAAAAUAAUGAUGAAAAUAUUGCGAAGAUUUCAAAGAUUUUGAGGUCAUUUAAUGUUCACAAUCAAGAAAUUCUUCCGACAUACGAAGUUUAUAUCAAACAUUUGUCUGUGUACAAGUUGUCGGAAGAAGAAUUUACGGAAAAAGUUCAUUCAGUUCUUGAUCAUUUUGGAGGUACAAUUUUCGAAGUAUCAAAAUAUUAUGAGUCAAAGACCAAAAAUUCUCAUGAAAAAGGUAUAAUUAUUGCAACUGUUUGUUCUAAAGAAUUCCUUCAGCCACUCAUUACAAUGUUAAGAGAUCAAUUUUCAAAUGAAAUUAUCCUUAACAUUCCAGAAACAGUCAUUCCAAGUUAUUUGACAAGAUACAGAGAAGUUUUAAACGCUUUGACAAAAUAUUUUGAAGCGAAAAAGAUUCCAAUUAAGAACAUCAAUUGUGAUUUCUAUGGAACAAAAAAUGAUGUUGAAAGAGCUGAACAAGAAUUACUCAAUGAUCCACCACAUCUUCCAAUUACUAUAGUCAACAUCACACCUGACAUCAAUACAAAAUCCCUUGAAAUUGCACUCAGGACACAAUCAGUUCCAUGGAAAUUCAACAAGAGAAACAAAAUUCUCAUUGUUCCUGAAGAUGUCAAACAGGAAACAAUCAUGGAAUUCAUUGAAAAAUAUGGAAGAAAAGAUUUAUUAAUUUCUAAGAAUAGCUUUGAUAUACCAAAUUGUUUUGGCGAUGAUAUUUUGUGCCAUGGAGAUCAGGCAUUACAAUCAAAUGAAAGCAUCAAUCUUUAUUUCCCUAAUAAAUCCAUUGUUUCAAGACCAGUCUGCCUUCAAUGCGCAAAGGAAACAAUUGCGUUCAAUCUUGGAAGAAUUGUUGAUCAAAAUGGUCAUGUCAAUGUUUCAAGAGCAAUUGAAAAUUCCGAGCACAUUGAUAUAUAUUCAUUCUAUGAACCAACAGCAGAAACAGAUAAGAAGAAUGGAAUCUGGCCAACUACACCAUUUGGUCAUUUAAUUUGGAUUUUAUUAUCAUCAACCAUUUCUAAAAAAGAAACGAAGGCAUAUAUCACAGCAUUGGCAGCAUUGGCAUUCCACAAAUCACCAAUGUUCACUUAUUGUCCAAAUCAUCCUGAUGUUUUUAUAAAGAUAAAUCAAUAUGGUAUGACAUGCUGCCAACAAAAGAAUUGUAAUAUGAUCAAAUGCAAUUCAUGUGGUAAAUGGCAUCCAGCAGGAAAAUGUGAAAAUCUCGAAAUACCAGCUGGAUGUAGACAAUGUCCUUUCUGUCAGAAUAUCGUUGAAAAGUCGCAAGAUUGUAAUCACAUCAAAUGCUCGUGUGGUAAACAUUUUUGUUACUAUUGCGGCAAGGGAUUUGACACUGAUGGUGAAGUUAUAACCACAUGA